CAGAGAGGAAGUGUGCUUAUAAAAGAGAAGCAAGUGGCAUGUCACCAAUUCUGAACAUGUUUUGCUCUGAUGAACUUGGCACUGUGUAAUUGUCAGCACAGAGUUAAACAGGAAAUUUCAAAAAUAGUUUCAUCUCUGACUAUAUGUCAGUACCAGUCAUGGUAUUCUGCUCUGGGAUUGAGAUUAGCAUUUUUUUCUGAAGUAUGAAAUCAAUUAGAUUGAUGUGAUUCACAUCCAUCAACUUGAAAUAUUAGAAAGACUUCACAACAAAUGAGAAACGUCACAUAUUCUGAAAUGAAGACUAAAGUAGUGUCAAAUUAAGAGACUUCAAACUGUUGACUCUUGCAAGAUCACUUCCUGGGUAAAGUGCUUUGACAAAUAAGUAACUGUCAAUAUUUUUUGACUUUAAAGAAAUUCCAUGCUAAGAUGAAGACUUUCAACUGAACAUUCAGGAUAUGAUUCUUCUGAUAUUGAGAGAUCAACAAUCUUAUGAAUUAUGAACAGCAACAUAACCCAACCAGAUAAUGAAACAAUAUUGAUGCUUGGGAAUCCAACCAUUGCUGUGGUCCUCCCAAUUGUGUAUUCACUGGUGGCCUUCAUCAGCAUCCCUGGGAAUCUUUUUUCCCUCUGGGUACUCUGUUGCCACACCAAACCCAAAUCACCUUCUGUCAUUUUUAUGAUCAACCUUUGCAUCACUGAUCUCAUGUUGGCUGUAGCGCUCCCUUUUCAGAUCUUCUAUCACUUGAACAGCAAUAACUGGCCCUUUGGAAAGUUCCUCUGUAAUCUAGUGACAGUUGUCUUCUAUACCAACAUGUACUCCUCCAUAUUGACCAUGACCUGCAUUAGUGUAGAGCGAUUCCUGGGGGUUGUGUACCCCUUGACCUCUACCAGGUGGAGAAGGAAGAGAUAUGCAGUUUUAGCUUGUGUAGGUAUAUGGCUUCUUUUAUUGCUUGCCCUGUCCCCCUUGGCUAUCACAGACUUGACCUAUGAAGUAAACGCCCUGGGAAUCAUCACCUGUUUUGACGUCCUCAAGUGGAAUAUGCUGCCCAGCCUUGCAAUGUGGGGCAUUUUCCUCUUCACCUUGUUCAUUUUUCUCUUCCUUAUUCCUUUCAUUGUGACUGUAGCCUGUUAUAUUGCCACUAUCCUCAAGCUAAUCCGGACUUCUGGAAGGUAUGGAAAUGGACAGAAAAGUAGAUCCAUCUGUCUUGCUGGUAUUGUCCUCCUCACCUUUGUCACCUGUUUUGCUCCUAACAACUUCAUUCUUUUAGUGCACAUGGUCAGCCGCCUAUAUUUCAAGAAGAGCUACUACCACAUUUAUAAGCUUACCCUCUGUCUCAGCUGCCUCAACAAUUGCUUGGAUCCCUUUAUUUACUACUUUGCCUCUAAAGAGUUUCAUCAGAAAUUAAGGAAGUUCCUAGGUAAAAAUGCACUCUUCAGUGAUAGCUCAGAGACCAGAAGGGAAAGUUUAUUUUCUGCCAGGACCCUGUCAGGCCGAUCAAUGUCAAGUGGACAGGGGGAAGGGUCAACUGGAGUCAGCCGGGCCUGUUUGCAAAGGCAGGAAAGUUUGUUUUAAGGAUGGUAUGUGAGCCAAAAGGGCAAAGCUGAUGCUCAUGAGAGGUGAGUGUGAAAUUAAGGCAAAAAGCCCAUUUUUUUCAGGUCUGAAAACGGACUGAUGUUUCCUGUGCUGGCAUUGGAGUCAGUAGAUCUUUUUAAAGAAGGUAGCUAAAACUUGAGCUCAAGUGGGAAUACUUCCUGUUACACAAGACACAAAAUACCCUGUGGGCUUCAAAAGGAUGGACUCUUGAAUAGAAAAAGAGGAAAAGCAAAGAAAGCAUUAUGAAAUAAUCAGUCUUGUUCUCUGGAUAGGAAGUCAGAGAUUGAACAUUUCUUCAUCUGGCGAAGGAGGGAAAUUUUUUUCCUUCCCAACAGCCAUUUACACAUUUACAUUCAACUACUCUCCUACCUCUGUUUUACCUACAGAUUCUCCUUCAAUAGGAUUAUGUUCAUAGCCAGAUAACUCUCUACUCUUGCCCUUUUCUUAGGCAUGAAAGGGUUGAACCAGAAUGAUCUCCAAGAUCUUUACAACUCUGAAGCCAUGAUUAUAUGAAUUUUUGUGCUCACAUAGCCAGUUUUUUCCUUGCCAUCUGUCACUUGGAACUGUUUCCUGAUAAAAUGACUAACCAGCCACUGUGGCAUAGGAGAUACGAAUGAGUAGGCAUUUUUUCAGUGGUAAAGGCAUUAGCUAGGCACAAGCAGCCCUGUGUUCCAAGUCAUGUGCAAUCAAUGUUGGGUGCUCACCAAUAGCUGACAAGCUGACCAUGUGGCCAGAUUAUCUAUAUUGUGGUUAAUUUCAGUGGUCAUGGGAGGACGUGGUUUAAGAGUUCUUUGUUUUGCAUAUUAUACAUCUUCUAUGAGAAAACAAGAGAAAAACUACACUCUAAGUAGAACCUUCAAGUAUACAAUGUGGCAUCAGGUGUAUUAUUGCAUUGGAUCAGCAUUUAUAAAGUUGCUCUUAUAGCAGCCACUGGAUCUGACAAUUUUCAAUCUCAUAAUCCCGAAGGUAAAAUCAGGUUUUUUUGUGUGUUACUUGUCCUUUGAUGUGGUUUAAGUUUUCUGACACAUGUCUUUCUACAUCCAAGUCUUCAACCUGAACAUUUAGCUAAAUAAUAUGCAGAGAUGAACCAACCUGACCUCACUGAAAGUAAAUAUGGUGAUAAUGGGCAAUGAAAAGGGGAAAAAAGGGAGGGGAUGAUAACCUAAAAGUAAAUGAGGAAAAGGGAUCUGUUCAUCUCUGUUUGCAAAGCCCUAAAGUUAGGGAUAUACUAGGUAUAAGACCUAGAUAUUCUAAAAUAGUAACACAAAAUAAAGGGCAUAAAAAAGAGAGAAAAAAUAGUGGAGAGGGAGAUGGAUUAGAUCUUUGAGUUUAUUUGUUAUAGAACUCUUAGUAAGUAAACUCACAGACUUUCCCCCAAUCCAGGGAUUUUUCUACAGCAGGAGGAGAAGAAGAAAAAGUGAGAACAGAGUUAUAAUACUUGGGGGAAAGGGACAUUGGACUGGUAGUGAAAAAAAUCUGGAUUCUAGUCCCAAUUACAUCACGGUUUCCUAUAUAACUUUGGAGAAGUCACACAAGGCAUCUCCAGUCAUCUUGAUUUAUAUAUGGCCACAGACUCAGAUGAUUCUGAAGGAUAAAGUGAGGCAAGUCAGCUUGCACAACCUCAUUUAAAUCUAAUUCACUUGGAUGUCAUGAUAUCACUUCCCUGAUAUCAUGGUCUUCUUCAAGAACAGAGGACAAAUAACUACAAACAGCCAUAAUCUUCCAAUUGCAUCAUCUCUCUAAUGUCCUUUUGGUUCCUUUUGUCAUUACUGCAUUGAAACUGAUCUAGUUGAAUUGCUCUAAGCUCCUAACAUCUCUAUUGUUGUUCAGGAUCAACAAGGCAACCAAAAUCAAGAUCAAUGAACUUGUCCCUGCUGUUGCAAUUCUCAGUUUAUAUCUUUGAGGAUGAAAGGAGAGCAAAAUGUAACAUUUUGGUAUCCAAGAGGAUAUACUGAUGGUUUUGCCUAGCAGGAUAGAAUUUUACCAAAUUCUGACCAAUUUACCAAAAGCAAAAGAAAUCUUCACCUAGUUUGCAAGUCACAGAAGAAAAAUAGGUGGGCUGUGCAAACAAAAAGCAUGCCAGGUGUGUGUGCUUGAAGGAGGGACUGGUGAGAAGAGGAAGCAUACCUAUCCAACCAGAAAAAAACUGGGUAAAAUAGUUGCCAUCUGCUCUGCAACACAAAAUACAAUUGGACAAAUCUUAUUAUAGCCCGAUCUCUAUAAAGUGGCUCUGGGGAUAGAAGAAAAGGUUUUCUAUUUUGCAUCCUGUUCCUUUAUUUGAAAUGCAAAUGUUAAUCCUGUGUUAUUGUCUAUACCAGACAUUCAUUCUGUUUGUUUAGGGUGUCCAUGCUGGAAGGCCUAGUGUAGGAUAGUUAAGUUUAAAAGAUAAGUUUAAACAAAUUUAGAACCAAGAUGGGCAGAGAGGGGUAAAGAGGAGUAGAGAGACUGGGCAUUUCUAAAUGAACUCUCAUGGUCAGCCAUGGAAGACCUGUUUGGCCAGAAUUGACUCUUGAAGAAAUUAUGCUUUGUGUCAAAUCGUUUGGCUGAAUAAGAGCUCUACCCUACAAGAGUCCAGAGCUCAUUUAUAAUUCAAGGGGUGGUUGAGAAAUACAGAUGUUCUACUCUGGACUCUGCUUUCAACAAUAUAUUGUAUAUCUAUCAUCCCAAUGAAGGAUAGAUAAAUAUAAAGACAGCCCUACAUAGACACAUAUAUCUAUACAGAUAUCUAUGUCAGUAAGGAUAUAUUUAUAUCUCUAGAUACAAUAUAUAUCUUACUAUGUAAAUCUGUUUUUCUAUUUAUCUACUUUAUACAUAUAGCUAUGUAGAUAUCAUGUAUAGAUAUAUAAAUAUCUAUGUUCAUCUGUGUGCAUAUAUAUAUUCUAUGUAUAUAGAAAAUACUUAUUCUAUAUCAUACUGGUAGGGAAUUAAGUGAAAAUUUACUAUAGCCUUUUCCUUUAAUGUUGUAGAAAAAGAAAUGGGAUAAAAUGAGAAGAUCUGUGAGGACUGAAUGGAAUAAAGUGCUUCAUCAAAUAGGAUGUUCUAUAUAAAUUGAAGGCAAUUCUUUUAUUUAGUAGACAUCUAUUAAGCUUUUACUUAGUGACUAAGAACUAGGGAUACAGUGACAAAAACUGAACAGUCCUUGCUCUCAUAGAGUCCAAACUCUUGUUUCAUUGUCUUUUCUUCAUAUUUGUUUAAACAUUAAAUUUUAGAACUUAAAAAAUUCUGUCAACAAAAUGUGCCAUGAUUUUGAAAACUAUCUUUACCAAUAAUUGAAAAAAAAAACACUAUUAAAUGGGGGGAAAAAACUAUACAAUAUGUUCCUUGGUUGAAGUUAUGGAAACCUAUGUCCAAGGAAAAUAUUGUAUAGUUUUUCCCCCCAUUUAUCACCUUGUAAUAUUUUAUGCAUUCUAAAUCUCAGUCUGUAUGAAAGAGCUAAACAUAGUCAUUUGUGUAGUGGUAUUAUGACAAGUCAUACUCAAUGAUAUAGAGGAUGCUGAAAGCUUGUAUUUCUCAGUUGAACCAGAAUCUCUAUAUAGAUUUGGAUAGUGAAUGGUUAGAUUCAUAGGCUAUAGACUUAAAUUUCUAGACUGCCAAAGACAACAUAAGUCCUAUAUUUUUUCUAGAAUUCAUAGAAGUUUUAUCUUUAUUUUGCAAGCCCUAAUCCUAUACUCAAAAUAUUCUCCCAUUUUAUCUUCUCAGAAUAACAGCAACACUGACAAUGGAAAAUUUACAACUAUACAAACUAUGACUGCAAAUGCUAACUAGAGAAAAACUUUUGACCUUCUCCCAAUUCCUUCAGUAUUAAUUAGUUGGUGAUACAUUAUUAUUAGCUUAUCAGUUUAUUUGGGUGAGGAGAGAAUGAGUUAGUGAGUAGUAAUAAAGAUAACAGGAAACAAAAAACAUCAUUUUAAAAAACUGUUCAGAAGAGGGCACCAGUAAGCUACCUUUUUAAAUAUCUUAGUACUCAAAUGAAUCUUCUAUAUUAUCAAUUCCAGUGUUCCUUCUAACAACGCAGAACACAGCUCACCAUAGCUAUUAUCUUAUUGGACUUAAAUUUAUACAAAUAUAUAAAACAUGUUUAUGAUUUCAAAUGUAAUCAUAUUUUUGUAUUUUGUAUAUCGGAAUGUUUGUUUUUGUAUAUUGUUACUUUCAAAAUUAAAGACUUUUAGAGAAUCACU